AUGAUCAUGCGAGAUGCCUUCACACCAGUGAUCAAACCAUAUGUUGUCACACCAAAGAUCAAACGGGAAUCUAGCAGGCUGCCAAAUGGUGUUACAUCAAGGUUCAAACCAGGUGUCUAUACAUCAAAGAUCAAACCAAAUGUUGUUACAUCAAGGAUCAAACCAGGUGUCUAUACAGCAAAGAUCAAACCAAAUGUUGUUACAUCAAGGUUCAAACCAGGUGUCUAUACAUCAAAGAUCAAACCAAAUGUUGUUACAUCAAGGAUCAAACCAGGUGUCUAUACAGCAAAGAUCAAACCAAAUGUUGUUACAUCAAGGUUCAAACCAGGUGCUUGUACAUCAAAGAUCAAACCAAAUGUUGUUACAUCAAGGAUCAAACCAGGUGUCUGUACAGCAAAGAUUAAACCACAUGUUGUUACAUCAAGGAUCAAACCAGGUGCCUGUACAUCAAAGAUCAAACCAAAUGUUGUUACAUCAAGGAUCAAACCAAAUGUUGUUACAUCAAGGAUCAAACCAGGUGCCUGUACAUCAAAGAUCAAACCAAAUGUUGUUACAUCAAGGAUCAAACCAAAUGUUGUUACAUCAAGGUUCAAACCAGGUGCCUGUACAACAAAGAUCAAACCAAAUGUUGUUACAUCAAGGUUCAAACCAGGUGCUUGUACAGCAAAGAUCAAACCAAAUGUUGUUACAUCAAGGUUCAAACUAGGUGCCUGUACAUCAAAGAUCAAACCAAAUGUUGUUACAUCAAAGAUCAAACCAAAUGUUGUUACAUCAAGGUUCAAACCAUGUGUCUGUACAGCAAAGAUCAAACCAAAUGUUUUUACAUCAAGGAUCAAACCAGGUGCCUGUACAUCAAAGAUCAAACCAAAUGUUGUUACAUCAAGGAUCAAACCAAAUGUUGUUACAUCAAGGUUCAAACCAGGUGCCUGUAUAGCAAAGAUCAAACCAAAUGUUGUUACAUCAAGGAUCAAACCAGAUGCCUGUACAUCAAAGAUCAAACCAAAUGUUGUUACAUCAAAGAUCAAACCAAAUGUUGUUACAUCAAGGAUCAAAUCAGGUGCCUGUACAUCAAAGAUCAAACCAAAUGUUGUUACAUCAAGGAUCAAACCAAAUGUUGUUACAUCAAGGAUCAAACCAGGUGCCCGUACAUCAAAGAUCAAACCAAAUGUUGUUACAUCAAGGAUCAAACCAGGUGCCUGUACAUCAAAGAUCAAACCAAAUGUUGUUACAUCAAGGAUCAAACCAGAUGCCUGUACAUCAAAGAUCAAACCAAAUGUUGUUACAUCAAGGAUCAAACCAAAUGUUUUUACAUCAAGGAUCAAACCAGAUGCCUGUACAUCAAAGAUCAAACCAAAUGUUGUUACAUCAAGGAUCAAACCAGGUGCCUGUACAUCAAAGAUCAAACCAAAUGUUGUUACAUCAAGGAUCAAACCAGGUGUCUGUACAUCAAAGAUCAAACCAAAUGUUGUUACAUCAAGGAUCAAACCAGGUGCCUGUACAUCAAAUAUCAAACCAAAUGUUGUUACAUCAAGGAUAAAACCAAAUGUUGUUACAUCAAGGUUCAAACCAGGUGCCUGUACAACAAAGAUCAAACCAAAUGUUGUUACAUCAAGGAUCAAACCAGGUGUCUGUACAGCAAAGAUCAAACCAAAUGUUGUUACAUCAAGGUUCAAACCAGGUGCCUGUACAUCAAAGAUCAAACCAAAUGUUGUUACAUCAAAGAUCAAACCAAAUGUCGUUACAUCAAGGUUCAAACCAGAUGCCUGCACAUCAAAGAUCAAACCAAAUGUUGUUACAUCAAGGAUCAAACUAGGUGCUAAGACAUCAAAAUCAAGCGAAGUGAUAUCCCUAGUCAAGCUGGUAUUCGUGAAAUAUACAGGUAAAACAAUUUAG